AUGAGCACCAAAAAAGGAGGCAGUAAGCCGCAGCGCGAACCGAGGAGCUAUGAGGUGCGCGAUAUUGUGCUUGGAAAAGUACGCGGGUAUGCGCCUUGGCCUGGGAUGGUUGUAGAUCCAGAGACGGUGCCGGCUGCGGUGUCCGAGGACAGACCCACCAAUAAGAAAGCCACCUUUUACUGCGUUCGGUUCUUCCCAGCUGGAGACUAUGCCUGGCUGGUGGAGAAGGAUAUCUCCAAGCUCCAACCGCACGAGAUCGAAUCCUACAUCAGCGAGCCGCACAAAAAGUCGGCAGACUUGUUGGAGGGCUACCGUAUCGCCCUCGACCCGGCCAAGUGGCUCGAGGAGCGGGACGCACUCGCUUCGGAGGCUGCAGAGGCUGAAGAAAACGCCGAGGUCGACCAGCUCAACAGCGACGGCGAGGCGACGGCGUCAACGACGAAAUCCCGCAAGCGCAAGCGCGAAUCCGAGUCUGCAUCAGCCAAGGUGAAGAAGACGGCCAAGGGGAAGAAGGACGAGAGUGCGUCGGCGAAGAAGAGGUCGUCGUCCACGGCCAGUGGGAGGAGGAAGAAUGGCGCCAAGUCAAAGGCGAUGGUGGAAUCGGAGGACGAGGGCGGGGACGCUGAGGGCGAGGAUGAGGAUGCUGGACCUAGCAAAAACGCUUCACCGCCGCCUGCGAAGAAGCAACGAAGGGAGAAGGGCGAGGAGGAUCAAGAAGAAUCCAAAGGCGAGGAUCCUGAAGCGCUCAAGGUCCGAGAUUGGCGACACAAGCUCCAGAAGAGUUUCCUCGGCAAGACGACUCCCAAGGAAGAAGAUAUGCCCGUUCUCGACGAGCUCUUCAAGACGGUGGAAAAUUUCGACGGAAUUACGAUCGAGCACCUCCAAUUCUCGAAAAUCGGCAAAGUUAUGCGCCACAUUACCGCUCUACCCGACCACAAAAUACCCGGCAACGAUACGUACAAGUUCCGCGAGCGGUCGAGCGCGUUGGUGCAAAAGUGGCACCAGAUUUUGAAUGUGAACAAGGCGAAUGGGGAAGGGUCUGCGUCGGCGGUUGUGAGUGCCGCCCCUAACGGUGCGAGCGCGAGCGGGGCUGGUGGUUCUGCGUCUGUCGCCGGCGGUGCUGGGGCAGGGCAGAGUGCGAGCACGGCGGGUGCGGGUGUCGGAGGGGAGAAGACGGAGGCUCCGGUGAGCAAGAAGAGUGAGGAGGUGAAGGAGGGCGAGGAGAAAGAGAAGGAGAAGGAGGAGGCGCGGGCUGUUACGGAGGGUACGGCUGCGCUUGAUUUGAAUGGUGGUGAUAAGACUGCACCCGCCGAUGUAGACCCGAAUGCUGCUAUCGUCGCCGAUGGAGAGGCGGAUGCGCCUGGGGAGCCUACGGCUGAGGAUGUGACGAUGGGGGAGGCAUGAGCAUGAGAAAUUACUGAAGCUACGACGAAGGGGCCGUUGAGGGGAUUAAGUGGAUAGUGGUAAAUGGUCGUUGAGGGA